UGACUCCUUGACUCCAUCCCCGACCUCUUGACUUUUCCACUUUCUUCUGUAUUCUCCUGGUUCCCACGUUUUCCACCAGUUACCAGAAGAACUUCACUGUACGGCUGCUCCCACACUACCGCUUCGCCCACACUUCAACCCGCCCCCCCCCCCGCGCCCUUCCGCCCACCGCCGCAACUGCACCGCACAGCCCUUGAGCCGACCUGCCAAAAAAAAAAAAAAAAAGGUGUACCUUGACGCCCGGUACCUGCCGCCAGCCUAUUCACCUAUUUUUGCCUUGAUGCCGCUGCAUUGAUACAAAGGGUGCAGCUUGCCAAAAGUCACCAGCAUCUUUUUUGUUGCUGUCUUUUGUGACUGGGUCCAACGGCAGAAUUACUGUAUAACAAUCAGGGCCUUGGGUGAGACGGUUUUUAGUGUUAAGCCACUGCGGAACCCACUGCAAAUGAAGUUUUUCUCCAAAAUCUCGAAGAAGCCCAACUCCCCGGACGAGGAGGAACCGUACGCUUACGAGGAUCUUCCUCCAAACUACGAAACCGUCAUCCAAGAGUCCCAACAGCAGCAGCAGCAACAGCAACAGCAGCACCCUCCCUCGCCCACAAAGGCGCCCACCCCCAAAACAUCCUCAUCCCGGUCCCCGACCAAAAAGUCACACCGGUCGACGUCGCCGCCCACGCGCGAGUCAAAGCCGCCUUCUUCAUCUUCUUCAUCCUCGAGACCCUCCCGCUCUUCUGCCCGGCACGCAACCGACCCCAUCUCUUCGUCGUCCUUCCGCCGCAAGAAGAUCGACCCCGAAGAGCAUCCUCUCAACCUGCCUCCCGAGGUGCGCAACAAGCGUUUUUCCGAGCUGUCUGGCCUGAGCGAAAGAAAAUCAAUGGACGUCGAAAAGGACCCCGUGAAUGGCGGCGCCGCUGCGGCUGCCUCUGGCCAGCAGAAGCCCACCGCUCCUCCUCACACCAACUCUUUCACGGUGCCUUUGAGCAACGGUACAGACGCCUCAACAAACGGUGCUGCCACUCCGGCUGACGAGGCCGUCCCCGCUCCCCCGCCUCACCGAUCGUCGCCUUCCAGCCCCGUGCAAUCAGAGGCUGAGCAGGCAGAAUCUUUCAAGAACGAUGGUAACAAGUUUUUCAAGGCCGGCGAUUACAAGCAUGCUAUUGAGUUCUAUACCAAAGCUGUCGUUCUUCAGCCAAACUCGGCGACCUACCUGGGCAACCGGGCUGCUGCCUUUAUGUCUGCGUGCAGAUGGACUGAGGCUUUGCAAGACUGCAAGAAGGCCGUUGAGUUAGACCCUCACAACAUCAAGAUUUUGUUGCGCUUGGCUCGUAUCUACACCAGCACCGGCCAGCCAGAGGAGGCUAUCGCUACCUUCAGCCGGAUCCAGCCAGCACCAUCAGCCAAGGACACGGCCCCGGCCAAGGAGAUGCUCCGUCAUAUCAGAGCUGCUCAAUCAGCGCUCAGGGAUGGCACCGCCGCCUCUAUGGUUUUGCACCCUCUGGACAUGGCCGAAAAGUUGCUUGGUAUGGGCGCUCUGAAGCCAAGAAAGUGGCAACUGAUGCGCGGUGAGGCCCUUCUCAAGAUGGGCGACGUCAACUCUCUCGGUGAGGCCCAGAACAUCGCCAUGUCCCUGCUUCGCAACAACAGCCGGGAUCCUGAGGCUCUUGUUCUGCGUGGACGUGCUUUGUAUGCCACUGGCGAGAACGACAAGGCUGUCCAGCAUUUCCGGCAGGCGCUUAACUGCGACCCCGACUUCAGGGACGCUAUCAAGUGGCUCCGUGUGGUCCAGAAACUCGACAGGAUGAAGGAGGAGGGUAACAGCGAGUACAAGGCUGGCAGGUGGCAGUCUGCUUUCGAUCUCUACACCAAGGCUUUGGAGGUUGACCCUGCCAACAAGGGCACCAACUCCAAGCUGUACCAAAACCGGGCGUUGUGCCGUAUCAAGCUCAAGCAGUAUGAUGAGGCCAUUGCCGACUGUGAGAAGGCUGUCAGCCUCGACCCUUCGUAUCUGAAGGCUCGCAAGACCAAGGCCAACGCUUUGGGGCUGGCCGAGAAGUGGGAGGCGGCUGUCCGGGAAUGGAAGGCGAUCCACGAGCUCGAUCCCGAGGACAGAACAGUUGCCAAGGAGGUUAGGAGAGCCGAGCUGGAGCUCAAGAAGUCGCUGCGCAAGGAUUACUACAAGAUUUUGGGGAUUGAGAAGACGGCAACCGAACAAGAGAUCAAGAAGGCGUACCGCAAGCUUGCCAUUGUUCACCAUCCUGACAAGAACCCUGGAGAUGCGCAAGCCGAGGCUCGCUUCAAGGACAUCAGCGAGGCUUACGAGAACCUGAGUGAUCCUCAGAAGCGUGAGCGUUAUGACAGCGGCGUUGACCUGCAAGAUCCGGCUGACAUGUUCGGCGGUGGCGGCGGCAUGCACGGCGGCAUUGACCCCGAGAUUCUCUUCUCCAUGAUGGGCGGUGGUGGUCCCUUUGGAGGCGGCGGCGGUGGUGGCUUCCCAGGUGGUGGCUUCGCUUUCAACGGCGGUGGCGGUCAACCUCGCGGAGGCAGAGGUGGAUUCCCGCACCACUUUCAGUACUCUUGACAACCCAACGAGCGAGACGCUGCCGACACCGGGAGCGAAGAUGAUGGUGACGAGAAACAAGACAGCAGACAUACGAAUGAAGCAGAGGCGAGCGGCGUCAAGGCGGCGUGGAGGGCCGAGGCCGACAACGAACAGGAUAGGUGG